AUGGCAACAGCCUCAUCGUCUCUGACAACCUCUUCCAUGUUCACGUUCCCUCCCACUUACUCCUUCCCACCUUUCUUUAGCCCACAACCAAACGCUCAGACUCGCUCAGCUCAACUCUCCAAAUGGUCGUCCCUGGUCCAAUCGUACUGCCGCCACCACCGUAUAUUCAAGCUUCUCCUCUCAGAUGCCCUCGAAUCGCCUCUCUUCCACAAUUCGAAGCUAAAGCGUCGCCUCUCAGCACAUGACGCUAAAGCAGUUGUCGAUUACAUGACCAGUAAGGAGGGUGAUAAUCGCGCUGAGUGGAUCGGACCGGCUACCGAGAAAGCAAGCGCGUGGAUCUGGUGGCGUAGACCGGAGGAAUGGGCUGGGGUGUUGGAGGCUUGGGUUGAUGGGACGGGUCAGAAGGGAACGGUGCUGACGCUGUACGAAUUAGUAGAGGGUGAGGCGACGGAAAGUCAGGAAUUUCAUGGAAUGGACAUGGAGGUACUGAGGAAGAGUCUGGGGACUCUGGUCAAGAAAGGAAAGGCGCAGGUGUUUGGAGGAGAGGGGCAAGAAGGAGUCAAGUUCUUUUGA